CAAGAGACUUUUCUUCGAGGUCAUGGAUGGUCCCGCCGCUCAACCCCUCCCUUUUGUGCAAGCCCCCUCUCUCACUCUGUUUGAGGAUCCCGACUCCCCCGUAUCGCUUUCAUGGCAGACAGAUCUCAGUCUGUGCCAGCUACCAGUAACGCACUUGUUCGUCCACGGAAAAAUCAACCUUGCCGCCCAUGGAACAAGAAUCGCACCCAAAGGCCUGGAGGAAGUCACAGAUGUUACUUUCGACGAGGUGCUCAUAGAAAAAAAUGGCAUUCAGAUUCCCUCGGCACCAAAGAUCAAGGCCUUCAGGUAUCUGAGCUCGCAGAGACUUGAGGGCUCUUCUUCCGUUCAUCAACUUAAAACUAUCUACGACUUUUUGGCCCUUGCAAAAGCGAAAUCUCUCAGAACAUUGUGUUUGAGCUUUCCCAACAUGCCGGAUUCCCAGGCGAAAGACGAGCUUUCGAGCCCAUUGGACUUACCAGAUAGGCGUACCGCUCGUCAAAACGAUUUCUUGGCUUCCAUUGAAUCGGAAGAAUUCAUCACGAGAUUACCAAAAACCUUAGCAUCUCUUUCCUUAACAGGCGACUUCUCUCACAUCGUGUCUACCGUCGAUCUCGCCCACAAAAGUCUUAAAGGACUUAGGCAGGUGGGCGUUUCUGACCCCAAAACCUAUGUUGCGCUCAAGAAGAAAUAUCACAAGCGUAUCGAGAUCGUUUUACAUCCUUUGGACGACGAGCCGGAGCAAACGCGUGCUUGGAAUUCAAUGAAAGUUUGUGACUUGAACAACUAAGCUUGGGACCUGGACAAUCUUGAUUGCGUGUCAUUGGUCUCUAUUCCUUCACUACACCCCUUUUUGUUUUAUUUUUAUUUUUCUCUCCCUCC